AUGCGAGCAUUCAUCGUGAUACCAGGAAUCGUCGACACGGAGAUGCUUGAUCCAGGCUUCAAAGUGUUUGCCCACGAUGACGUCCGGCUGACAGGAAUGCUCGCCUUGUGGCUGAUGCGACCAGAAGCUGACUUUCUCCGGGGCCAGAUGGUGAGCGUGAACUGGGAUGUUGAUGAAAUGCUGGCGCAUCAACAAGCGAUCAAAGAUGAAAAACUUCUUCAGAUUAAGUGGCAUCCUGUAUUGCCUUGUGGUGGAGGCGUAGGGUUGUCUUAA